AACAGCUAAUGUACAUCAUUCUUUCUAGAAUGAGAAUAAUAGUGCUUUUGUUGCUGAGGAUGAAACCUGUGAAGUAGAAGUUGCUAAAGUUGAUGCUCAAAAGCGGGAUUUCAGUGAUGAUGACAGCGAUGAAUUGCUUGUGGUGGAUUUUAAGAAACCAAAGAAGUCAGAGGAAUAUGAUGAAUGGCACACAAAAUGCAAAGAACAAAAUGAAGCAUUUGCAGAGUCUCUUCAAAUUUAUCAAGAGAAGGACAGUCAAGCAGCAGUUCUUGUUUUACAGGCCUGAGAACCCUCUAAAGAGACAAUACUCUGCCUUUUAUUAAAAAAAGUUCAUACAGAGGAUUGUAUCCAGUUAGGUAUCAGAAUGACAAAUGGGACUGUAGUGAAUGCUUUAUUCCAGCCUCAAGACAGUACCAAACUGGUCUAUCAGUAUGUUUUUGCUAAUACUGAUAUUGGAAAUCGCUUCAAGCUUUGCACUGCAGAUGUCCCUCGACAAGAUAUGUUUCUUGAUGACAAAGCUUUGUCUCAAUAUGGUAUUACUUCUCCAGUUCUCUUGAUUGUAGAAAUGACUGAGGAAAGCUAUUUCAGUAAAGGAGAGUGGAUAACUGAAAUUACUAAAUUGGACAGCACUGUUGAUGCAGUGUUUAUUGAAAGGGUGCUAAUAAUUGAGAAAGAGUCUAGGACUAAGUUCAUGAAAUGUGUCCUCGUGUGCAGCUGUUAUUGGCCCUCAUACAAUCAAGCGCAUCACCUUGUUUGAAGAUUUACUGAAAUUGUACAACACUAACAGCGAAAUAGUUAAAAAGUAUCCACUACAAAUGGAUUACUUUGGAGAGAAUGCUGUAGACCUUGGUGGGGUAUCUAGAGAUGUAAUGUCAGCAUUUUGGCAGCUUGCAUAUCAGAAGUUAUUUGAUGGUAGCAAGCUCUUGGUGCCAGUAUUAGUCCACAUGUUGAUUUAUCAUUGCUGCCUACAAUUGGAAAGAUAUUAUCACAUGGGUACUUGUGUACUGGUUUUCUUCCUAUACAAAUAUCUUUCCCAUCUCUUGCAGCAAUACUCCUUGGUCCUAAUGUAGAUGUUGAAAGCAGAGUUCUUAUGAAUUCUUUCCUUGAUUAUGUGAGUGAUGUUGAUUGGAGAGUUUUGCAUGGUGCUGUACAAAUUGCUUCACUGACCUCUACAAGCACUUUUCCACCAGAUGUCCAGGAGCAACUUCUUACUGUAUUGGGCAACUAUGGUUGCAGGCAACUAAUGUCACCAAGCAACCUCUCUCAACUUCUAGCUAACAUAGCUCGCUUUAUAUUUCUCAUCAGUCUGAUGAUGGCAUAUUCAAUGAUUUACUCUGGUAUUCCAUCAGAACACCAAGAUUUUUGGCACGCAAAAUCACAGUCAGAUUUACAUCAGCUGUACAAAACUCUAAGUGCUACACCUAUCAAAGUUUUAAGUCUUAUACAGGACCCUGUUGUCAUGAACAAGGCACAGAGAUUGGUGUUUAAUUACCUUCGGCAAUAUGUGACCUGAUAUGAGAAAACCAGGC